GCAAGCAGCAGCAAGGCUCGGGCGCUUCUCUGACGCACCAUCAGAGAUGAGCAUCCCGGUCCCACAGGCUGUCAGGGCAGACUCUCUCGACAUCUCCCCCCCGGACCUCUGCGGUCAAGAUUUCAACAUCGGCUCCAUUUGUUUGUAGUCUGUUUUCGCGUUGUAGUCUGUCACAUAAAGCUCUGCGUUUGGCUGGGAUGCCAAACAGUUGCCAUCGUCAGGGAAUUUACUUCGGAGGUGAUUUCUGUAUCCGCAACAACUGUCAUCGAGAAAGUGAUACAUUCCUGUCUACAUAUGCGAGAGACUUCUUGCUUUCGGGACAUCCUUCAGGACAUUCCCGCGCUUUAAGAUAAGUGGUUCAAAUUAAAGGUGGAAACGGGGGCUGAAUAAGAGGGCUGUUUUGACAGGAGAUCGUUUGGAUGACGGACACCGAGACGCAGUAGCGCGGAUCUGCGCCCUUGGAAUAUUCUUACAGUGCCUGUCAUUCAGUAGAAAUAUUUUUCUGAUUUUGCAGUGAUAAUACAUACGACGAGUUUGUGCCACUGCAGGGCUGCUGCGGCGUUCCUGUCUGUCCUGCUUUGAAAUACGGUUUCCUUGACGGACGGGCGUCAGAGCAUCCCGGACAAGCCCGAUUUUGCGAUGCCCAAACAGUGAGGGGCACGCUGGGAUCUCGUUUGGUCACCCUGCGCGGUCGCAUGGCUUCAGCCCGGAGGGACUGCAGCGGCUGGGAGAUGUUCCUCCCGAGAUGCCUGCUGCUCUCUGUUUUGCUGUUUCACCCUACUCUGGCCAAGGUGUGCAACGAUCGUACCAAACACGGACAGGACAACAGCUGGUUCGCCAGGGACGGGGAAAACUUGCCAAUCAUGGUUCUAAUGCCCAUGAACGAGUCGGCCUUGAUGAGCAGUAUUAGCCAGGGGAUCGAGCCGGCGGUGCAGCUCGCCAUCCAGCACAUACGGGAGUCCAGGAAGUACUCGUUCUCUCUCAUCACCAAAAUCUACGACACCGAGUGUGACAAUGCCAAGGGGCUGAGGGCCUUCUUUGAUGCAAUCUGCUACGGCCCCAAACACCUGAUGAUCUUCGGCGGAGUCUGCCCCUCUGUGACCUCCAUCAUCGCGGAGUCCUUGGAGGGCUGGAACCUGGUCCAGCUGUCCUUUGCAGCAACAACCCCAGUACUGGCAGACAAGAAAAAGUACCCCAACUUCUUCCGCACAGUACCAUCAGACAACGCAGUCAACCCGGCAGUAGUGAAGUUCCUCAACUACUACAACUGGAGCCGUGUGGGGACCCUCACACAGGAUGUUCAGAGGUUCUCAGAGGUGAGGAAUGAUCUGACCAGUGAGCUGGAGAAAGCAGACAUUCAGAUCGCAGACACAGAAAGCUUCUCCAACGACCCCUGCAUCAACGUCAAGAAGCUCAAGGACAAUGAUGUGAGAAUCAUCAUCGGCCAGUUUGACGAGCACCUUGCCUCCAAAGUCUUCUGCUGCGCGUACAACCUGAACAUGUAUGGCAGUAAAUACCAGUGGAUCAUCCCUGGCUGGUAUCAGGGCAGCUGGUGGGAGCAGGCCAACAGCACCAACUGCACCACCAAGAAGCUUCUCACAGCCAUGGAGGGAUACAUCAGUGUGGACUUUGAGCCGCUCAGCGCUCGGCAGAUCAAGGGCAUCUCUGGCAGGACCCCGAAGGAGUACGAGAGGGAGUACAGCCGAGAGCUUCAGCAGAAAGGUGUGGAGUCCAGCAAGUUUCAUGGCUUUGCCUAUGAUGGGAUAUGGGUCAUUGCCAAAACCUUGACUCGAGUGAUGGAACUGCUCAGAGUCAAACAGCGGCAGAACACCUUCCACAACUUCACCGUGGACGACCGCGAAGUGGGAAAAAUGGUGCUGGAUGUCAUGAACGAGACCAACUUCUUCGGUGUAACAGGCCAAGUCAUGUUUCGGAAUGGAGAGAGGAUGGGCACAAUUAAAUUCAACCAGUUUCAAGAGGGCCAAGAAGUAAAGGUGGGAGAGUACAACGCAAUUGCUGAUGUGCUGGACCUCAUUAAUAACACCAUAAGGUUCCAAGGCUUGGAGCCUCCAAAGGAUCGUACGUUUGUGCGUCAGCAGCGGCGCCACAUCAACGUGCUCCUCUACAGCAUCCUGUCCACCAUCACUAUACUGGGCAUGCUCAUGGCAGGAGCCUUCCUCUUCUUCAACAUCAAGAACCGCAACCACAGACUUAUCAAGAUGUCCAGUCCCUACAUGAACAACCUGAUCAUCCUGGGAGGCCUUCUCUCCUACGCCUCUAUCUUCCUGUUCGGCCUGGAUGGAGGAUUUGUGUCUGACAAAGAGUUUGAGACUCUCUGCACUGUUCGGACAUGGAUCCUCAUUGUCGGAUACACAACAGCUUUCGGCGCCAUGUUCGCCAAGACCUGGAGGGUGCACGCCAUCUUCAAAAAUGUGAAGAUGAAGAAGAAGAUCAUAAAGGAUCAGAAGUUGUUGAUUAUCGUCGGCGGGAUGCUGCUUAUCGACCUGUGCAUCCUCAUCACAUGGCAAAUAGUUGACCCGCUUAAAAGGACGGUGGAAGAGUACAGCUUGGAGGCGGACCCCCAAGGCCGAGACAUCGCCAUCCGCCCCUUCCUGGAGCACUGUGAGAAUACCCACAUGACCAUUUGGCUGGGCAUCGUCUAUGCCUACAAGGGACUGCUGAUGUUAUUUGGUUGUUUCCUGGCAUGGGAGACGAGGAACGUGAGCAUCCCUGCGCUCAAUGAUAGCAAAUACAUCGGGAUGAGUGUCUACAAUGUGGGCAUCAUGUGCAUCAUCGGCGCUGCGGUCUCUUUUCUGACGAGGGACCAGCCCAAUGUCCAGUUCUGCAUUGUGGCACUGGUGAUCAUCUUUUGCAGCACCAUCACCCUGUGUCUGGUCUUCGUUCCUAAGUUUAUCACUAUGAGAACCAACCCAGACGCAGCCACACAGAACCGAAGGCUAAAGUUUACCCAGAACCAGAAGAAGGAGGACUCCAAGACGUCCACCUCGGUCACCAGCGUCAACCAGGCGAACACAUCCCGACUGGACGGCCUCCAAACUGAUAACCACCGCCUCCGCAUGAGGAUAACAGAGUUGGACAAGGAGCUGGAGGAGGUGACCAUGCAGCUGCAGGACACUCCAGAGAACACCUACAUCAAACAGAACCAUUACCCAGACGCCAACAACAUCCUCAGCAUACGCAACUUCACCGACAGCAAAGACGGAGAGAAGUCGAUACUAAAGAACCAUCUGGAGCAGAAGCCUCAGGCUCAGUGGGGCUCCAUGGAUCCUUCCAGAAUAAACAGAGGUCCCCUCGAAGAUAUCAACUCGCCCGAACACAUACAGCGUCGACUCUCCUUGCAGCUGCCCAUCUUGCACCACGCCUACUUACCUUCCAUAGGAGGGGUCGAUGCCAGCUGUACCAGCCCCAACGGCAGCCCUGGUUCCAGCCCCCGGCACAGACACAUGCCCCCCUCCUACCGGGUCAUGGUCUCUGGCCUGUGAGCUUCAUUCCCUCCCCCACCUGGCUCCUUGCAGAGGAGACAUAUAUGGUCCUUUUUUCUACAACAAAUAGACUGAUAUCGUCAGCGUAUGUGCGUAUUUUGUCUCAGAACAAGGAGGACAGGGGGAGAAGAGAGGGAGGGGGGGAGGGGCAAAGUUUCACUCUUCACACCUCUUCACCCAAGCCUCUCUUGAGAACUGAAACCCUCAGUCGGGAAGGGGUGGGAGGAGACGGAGUGGGCACUGGAUGACCCAUAGAAACUCCCAUGAUUCACAGCAAUGUCCCCUUGUUGAGCUGCUCCCCUUGCAAAUGAACAGUCAAACAAACAUACCCCAAUACACACACACUCACACACACACACACAAACACACACAUGUACAACUACAGUCCCGCCCCCAUAGCAGAACAGUGGUGGAGCAGCCCUGCCUGACGUGUAGCCUUAUCUGCUUCAAAGGGGGGGUUGUCUUUUACUGUUCUUUAUCUGUUGUAUGUUCAGCUUUCUGCUACAUGUGAGCUUGUCAUCAAACUUGAGUAUUUUACAGCUUUGGUGACUGGAUACCAGUGUGGAGACAUAUUAUUUACAAAACCCAACAAAGGAAAUCAUGGAAUUAACUCCCGUCCCCUUCCCAUCCUUAUGGAGACAUGUAAAUAUCUUCAUUUCUGACUUUGAUGUUCUGUAAGCUUUGUAUAUGCUGUGAACGGACAAUUAAAGGGGUUGGAAGUGUCAAGCUUAUGACAGAAGAAGUUAUCAGGAACAUUUCCAAUGGAAGCUCAUAAAACAUGGCAACCCCUGGAAGAAUUAGACAUAUGUAUGACAGAGAUGGAAAGUGCUUUGUGUUACUUUUGAUAACAAGCGCAGCAGAGUAAGGUACAUGAAAGCUUGUGAGUCACUAAACAUGAAAAGGCCCGUUCCUCAAUCUAGGAGUACGACGCACAUGGCUCUUUUUACCACUUUGCUAAAUUUUGCAGCACUGAUUUCUUUAGAGAUUUCACAUCAGACUUUGCAUAGGCCUUUCAUGCUUUACAACUUGCUUAGUAUGUGAUCAGAAAGCAUGAUAUACAGAUUAUUGAUGCUAUGCCUUUUAACAGGUUUUCAAGGCUGCAUAGUUUAGAAAAUUGAGAUAAAAAAAAUAAAAAAAACACAAGGAGAGUGUUCCACGGUUAAUUGUGUGUUAAAUGCCAAGAAAUGCACACAUUCAGAUGUACACUUAAAACGCAAGAGAGCACCUUAUGGAGUCAGGUGCUUUUCACUGAGUGGUCUUCAUAGACUGUUAAGAUGUCUGUAUAUUCUAGCCCUCACAGCUAACCAGCACAUAAGAAAAGGGGCCCCGGGUUCAUGUCAGCGGCAAAGGGGCACGAGACUCACACUUAUAAAGACUUCUUCAGAAAUUAAACUCAAGAGGUGAUGCUGGAAAGGAUGUAGGUCUACCAGUGCCACAACAAUUGGACCAAACGGUUGACCUGAAUUUCCACGAGAGGUAAUCAAGCCGAUGCACACAUGAGCCCCAACCGGCCGUAGCUUUCGGUUCCUAUACACAGUGAUAGAUAAAGCACAGACACAGGGCUUUCUUUCAUAUUGACUAUCAUGAAAAAUCACUUCACACUUAGCAACAGUGAACGUACCUCACUUGCUAUGGAAAACGGGCUGUAACCUGAGCCCAAGAAGACUGCACUGGGCUAAACUGUCAUCAGCACAGUGUCGUCAUGUUUUGUUUGUAAAACAGUCCUCAUGUUGGAGAGAAGCAAACAGGGACUCUUUAAAGAAAAAGGACUUCAAAUGGAGUGUGAGAAAGUUUGUUCUCAGCAUAUGUUUUCACCAUUGGUGUCUUGGUUUUUAGUUUUUAAGGCGUUUGUUGAGCGCUGUGCCUGUUGUCUUAUAUUGUAGCCUGCAGGACCCACGGUACAUAAAUAGGGUGAAAAUGGCACUGAAACUACAACAACUACAUUGGCCACACAUCUGUAUAUUGUACAACGUGUCAUAGAUUUAUUUAAAUUCAACGCCUCAAUGCAUGGGACAGUGUGGGAGAACAUGGAGUGGACUACUUUGAGCUAGGUCAUAAAUACUGUCAGUCUUCGGUUUAAAGGCCAAUCAAAGGAUACAGAGUUGGAGUGGAAGACAAGCUAGCAGAAAUCCACCUGCUAUCGGACAUAUCAGGGUGACUUCCUGCGAGAGCUCCUCCCCUUCCAGCCCCUGCUGAGCACAGGAGCAGGGAAACCCCGAGCACAGACCUCUAUGGAGUCACGGCGUCUCCCGCACCUUUUGCCAACCAGAGAAUCACGGCCACUCGACAAGCGAGUGAGGGACAUUGUCAGAGGGUUUGUUCUUCCUUCAGGAGAACAAAAAAACCAACUGCACAUUUUAUAUAUUACAUUAUAUGUGAUUGUGUACAAUUUGCUGAUACCCUGAUGAUGGUGUCCAUGUAUGGAUAUUUGGUAUUUGGCUUUCUCAAGACGGCAUGAUAUGAAAUGUAUAAUUCACAGAGUAACCUCUGUUUUUGCAACUGUCGUGACAAAUCCACUCUGUUGUGUCAUUCAUACCCACAAUUUGGUUUUCUGUUUCGUUACACAACACGGAUUGAAGUUCUUUUAACCUGUUGAUCAGCUCACACAUGUCAAUGCCAAGAUUCUCAGUGGACAAACAUCAUCAUAUCAACUAUGCUACUGGUUUUAGCAGUUAUUCACUGAGGGCAAUAAAGUGAAAGUAGUAGCAAACGAUCAAUCCUAAUAACCCACUCCUGGCAUUUACCAAAUUACAAAAUGACUUUUUUUAGUCCAUCUAAAAUGCCAAAUGCAGAUCAUCAGGUAUGGUUCUGUUGUUAAAUUGUUAUGCCCUGAUUUAUUUUCCUUUACAAUGAUUCUUUUUCAUCUUUCUUUUCAACAUGGAUGAAAAAUUGUUCAAAUGCAAUUGUGAUGGGUCAAGGGCUCAUUCGUUACUGUAAUAAUUAACAUCACUCUUAUGGUUUGUAUAUGCCACAUUUCUUUUUUCUUUCUUUUUUUUACCUUUUUCGUUU